AUGUUACAUUUAGACAUCCAAACAACUCAAUCAUCUUCGUCACACAAUCUUUGUUCUGAUUGUCGUCCUUGUGAUGUUGUUUAUUUUGCUCCUAUUUAUCGAGGUCCUGGUUAUGGUUAUGGUCUUGGUCUUGGUCAUUAUGUAUCUUCUCCUAUUGAGUUUUAUGCUCGUAAACAUGGUUAUAAUAAAACCUUAUCACCUCAAUCAUCAAUUAACGAUUGUAUUCGAUUAUGUAAUAAUGAUUAUCAUUGUCAAACAGCAGUUUAUUUCAAAGAUGCAACUAUUUGUUCAAUGUAUGCAGAAAUUUGCCAGAAAGAUUCAAUAAAAUCAUCAGAAAAUAUUUCUGCAACUGUUAUUUGUAGCAAAAAGAAUAAUCCAUCUUUUCCUACAUGUUCUUCAACUGCAAUAUCAAAUCAAGAAACAACAUCGAAUUUUAACAUUAUAACAAGUACAGAACAAUAUUUAAGAUAUGAUCUCGGCAGUUUUUGGUCAUUUGAUAAUAAUACAAAUGAUAGUUUAUCAAAUUUUAAUGGUAUACCAAUUAAUUCACCGAUAUAUCAGACUCCUGGAAUAAAUGGUUAUGGUUCAGCUCUAUUAUUUAAUUUAACAAUUGAGCAAUAUGUUAAUAUAUCAAACACUUAUUUAUCAAUGGAUGAUGAUUAUGGACUUUUUGUGCAACAUCAGAGUCCCUCUACAGAUCAGACAUUACAUUAUAUAAUUCGAAAUUUUUCACUUUACAUGGGAUUUUAUAGUGAUGAUCUUCGAAGUUCAACUAUGAUUCAACUGAAUACAUGGUAUCAUGUUGCUUUUGUGUAUGAUUAUUCAUUAUUACAACAAUCAAUUUACCUGGAUGGAAUACUUGAUUGCAAGAGAACAUCAUCUGGACCUUAUAAAGGUACAUCAGGUGCAAUAAUUAUUGGAAAAGCUGAAUCAUGCUGUAUUUCACCCAGAAACUUUUCUGGUGCCAUUGAUGAAGUAUCAUUAAAAAUGAAAGCAAAAAAUGCUAGUGAAAUAUUAGAUGAUGCAACAUUAGUUACAUAUCAUUCAUUUGAUUAUCAAUCAUAUUAUGAUUCAAGUUCACUUCAUCUCAAAGGAAAAUAUACAAAUGUAACAUUUGUAAAUGGACGAAUGAAUAAAGCGAUUCAUUUUCAAUCAAAUUUAUCUCUUUAUCAAAUUGAUGGAUUUAUUCUUCUUGGAAUUUCCAAUAAAUCAUAUUCUAUAACUCUAUGGAUUUAUCCAGAAUUAAUUCAAGGAUCAAUUCUUCUUCAAGAAACAACAAAAAUGAAUGGACACGAUUGGUGUAUCUAUUUACUUGGAUUUUCUUCUAAUGGACAGAUCGUUGGAACAAUUUGGAAUGGAUCAUUAGAAGAAAUUAUUGGUCCUAUUUUACCAAAUAAUGUUUGGUCACAUGUUGUUUAUACUUAUUCAAGAAUAAAUGGAUUACAAUUAUAUGUUAAUGGAACAUUAAUUAAUAGUACAAAUUCUAAUUUAAAUUAUAUUGGUUCAGAACAAGUAACUACAUUAAUAUUAGGAAAUUCUAUUGGAAAUAUUUCGUGUAAUUCACAAUCAAUUAUUUCCAAUGUUUAUAAUGGAUCUAUUGAUGAAUUUCGUGUUUAUUCACGAGAAUUAAAUAAUAGUGAAAUUUUUCAACUCGCCAAUCCAUAA